AUGCCUGUCUACCCGACUGACGUGCUCAAAAGGGAUCCACAAAUCGGUCAACCGCCGCCUCGUCCUUGUGUUUCCCUCAAAAUCUAUCCCCCGUUCGCCGAGUUCAUCGAGUUCGGUGGCGCUUCUCGUCACACAAUCACCAACGAUGGAUCAUCGCGAAUCGUGUUCAAAGUCAAAUGCAGCAAUAACGUCGUGUUCAAGGUGUCGCCAGUCUACGCAUUUCUCGAUCCCGGCGCUUCGACGGAACUUCAAAUUCUGCGAAAGGAGGGUCCGGCGCGACCCGACAAGCUCAUAAUUCUGUUAAAAGAAGCAAAACAAUCCGAUAAGGAUCCUCGAACAUCCUUUGAUUCCGAUCUGACUGUAUACAAGCAGAAAAUUCCGCUACUAACGAGGGUCGUCCAAGAGGAAAGCAUCUAA